GAUAUUAUGGCUGCGGGUGAGGCCAACACGGCGAAGCCUCGUCAGGAGAAACAGUACGACUAUCUGCUCAAGUUCCUGCUGGUGGGAGACAGCGACGUCGGCAAGCAAGAGAUCUUGAGCGGUCUCGAAGACGGUGCCGCCGAGUCGCCGUUCUGCAGCGGCAGCGCUUACAAGACUACCACUAUUCUACUAGAUGGAAAACGAGUCAAGUUACAAUUAUGGGAUACAUCAGGCCAAGGUAGAUUCUGCACAAUUAUUCGAUCAUAUUCCAGAGGUGCUCAAGGUAUACUUUUGGUAUAUGACAUUACCAACAAAUGGUCCUUUGAUGGCAUCGAUAGAUGGCUGAAAGAAGUUGAAGAGCACGCUCCUGGCGUACCAAAAGUACUGGUUGGCAAUCGUCUGCACUUGGCUUUCAAAAGGCAAGUGGGUGAACGAGAUGCAGAGGCUUACGCAGCUAAGAAUCGAAUGGCCUUCUUUGAAGUCUCACCUCUCUGCGAUUUCAACAUCCGUGAGAGCUUCUCAGAGCUCUCUCGGAUGGCAUUACACAGGAAUGGCAUGGAAAGAUUAUGGCGAUCCAAUAAAGUGCUCAGCCUGCAAGAACUGGCGUGCCGUGCGAUAGUGGCGCGAACAACGGUUUACGGAAUCGAUCAACUGCCGUUGCCCAAGUCCAUCAAAUCGCACUUGAAAUCAUACGCGAUGACGACCACAUCCCAACUGCGCUACAACGGCAAUCGCUCGUUGAGCUCGAGCAAGAGUCUGGGAUCACAUCAUCGGAAGUUACGCUUCGUCGGGGUGGGUCACAAUAAUGGCGGACUGUCUACGCCCGGCAGCUCACCCGGCAGCAUCACCGAUUCCCGCACAAGUUGCGUCGGUCGCAAUUCCUGCACAGUGUCUUGAGAGUGACAAAGGACAGAAAUCAGAGUAGCGGUUACUUACAAAAGCGUCGCGCAGCAAUCAGUGUUCUUCCUUCCCUUCUCCCUCUCCGUUUUAUCGAGAAUGCAAACGCGUUUACAAUGUUGUUUCACAAUUCAUAGUAAUUACUGUUAGUAUGAAAUAGUAUAAAUAUAUGAAAUUCCACUUUUGUCACUUGCCAACAUUGACGGGAUAUACUUGUUACGUUUAUAUCAUGAGAUACAUUUCAUAUAUAUUUUUUCACACAUCCGCGAGCCGCGCACACAGUUUUCACCAUCCGAACGAUUAACGAGCUUAAGGGAAACUAGCUGUCAUGUAUCCGUGCCAUCUGUUGUACGAAAUUAAGAGAGAGAGUCGCGGCACGUAAGCAAGGAAAUCGCUUAAGCAUUAUCGAAUGUUAUCGAUUGCAAAGCUCACACGAGUUUUCAUCGUGUAAAGAGAACGUGUCAGAAUUACGAAGAUUUAUAAGAUACCGAUAUAUCACGCGACAUUACAUUAUACGACUCGAGUGUGCCCAUACUUUAAAGCCCUUGUAAGCCGCUUUGUUUUUUUUUUUUUUUUUUUUUGGCCGUUGUUGGAAAAACAUCCCUUUCCACAAACGUAUCUCUCUGUGCGGAAUGUUCUUUUUUUGAUCAUAAGCUUACAGGAGCAGCGAGUAAUGAAUUGAAAAGUACAAGUUCGCUAAGUCUACGGUGGUUGUGGUGUAGACUAAUGAUGAUAGCAUAAGUGUAGAAAGUUUUAGAGCAGCUAACUCGAGAUAUAUUUAGCAACAUAUAUAAAUAUAUACAUAUAUAUAUAUAUUUUCACUUGCUUACGACGCGAAAACCGUUUUAUCGGAAACUACCGGUUACCGAGCGCGGAAGAGCUAUAUAUUUUUUAAGAAGACGGUUUUAUAAAGAGCAAUAAAAUUGACUCUUUCUACGGCACGAGUUUUUACCAUUGCAUUAUGUUGAUCGAGCGAGAUCGGAUAAUUUCCUCAUUUUUUUUAUCUUUCUCUGUUAUCUCUCUCCCUCGAUAAUAUGAUAAUUGCAAAUCGCGCAAAGCGAUACGAACUUUAUUCUCAUCCGUAUUCAAUGAAAUACGGACCUUCCCUUCCCCGAAUACAUUAUUUAAAAGUAUAGUCUUAUUUUAUGUUACCUAAAUGUAAGUCACAUAUACAUGUACAGUGUAAGAUUGCAGGAGAUGCGUUUGUGUGUAAUAUAGAUAGAUAGAUAGAUAGAAACACACUCGAUCUCUAACAACAUUGUCUGUAAUAAAUCACUCGAUGCCAGGAAAGCACAUGAGUUGUAUA